AUGGAGCGACUCCCCGGCCCCGCCGCGCCCCAGGUGGCGCUGCUGGAUGCCGCUGCCGGCCCUGAGGAGGAAGGGUUCCCAGAGGCUCUGUGCCCCAGGGAGGAGGAGGAAGAGGAGGAGGAAGAAGAGGACAGACAAAGGAGCCCAAGACCCGUCACCUUCACGCUGGGCAACAUGAUGCUGGGACUGGGCCCAGAGAGCGACUUCCAGAGCCCUGAUGCUGAGGUCUACAUGCACUUCAUGAGGAGCCACUGCUGCUAUGAUGCCAUCCCCACCAGCUGCAAACUUGUUGUCUUUGACGUCUCCCUGGAGAUCAAGAAAGCCUUUGUGGCAUUGGUGGCCAACGGGGUGCGAGCGGCCCCGCUCUGGGACAGCAAGACACAGAGCUUUGUGGGGAUGCUCACCAUCACCGACUUCAUCAACAUCCUCCACCGCUACUACCGCUCGCCCCUGGUUCAGAUCUACGAGGUGGAGGAGCACAAGAUUGAGACCUGGAGAGACGUGUACCUGCAGGGCUCACUCAAGCCGCUGGUCUACAUCUCCCCAAGCAAUAGCCUGUUCGAUGCUGUCUACUCCCUGAUCAAGCACAAGAUCCACCGCCUGCCCGUCAUUGAGCCUGUCUCAGGCAAUGUCCUGCACAUCCUCACACACAAGCGCAUCCUCAAGUUCCUACACAUCUUCGGCUCCACCAUCCCUAAGCCACAUUUCCUGAAGAAAACAGUGCAGGAGCUGUGUGUUGGCACCUUCCGUGAUGUGGCUGUUGUGCAUGAGACUGCGCCCAUCUAUGCUGCCCUGGAGAUCUUUGUGGACCGCCGCGUCUCUGCCCUGCCCGUCAUCAACAAUGCUGGGCAAGUGGUCGGUCUCUACUCCCGGUUCGACGUCAUUCACCUGGCUGCCCAGAAGACCUACAACAACCUGGACAUCAGUGUGCGGGAGGCGCUGCAGCAGCGCACGAUCUGCCUGGAGGGUGUCCUAACUUGCUACCCCCAUGAAACCAUGGAGGAAGUCAUUGACCGCAUCACCAAGGAGCAGGUCCAUCGCCUGGUUCUGGUGGAUGAGAACCAGUACCCACGGGGCAUUGUCUCCCUCUCCGACAUCCUCCAGGCCCUUGUGCUCACUCCUGCAGGUAUCGAUGCUCUUAACUCUUAGCCCACGAUGCUCCAUCUUUCUCCACUUGCACCUUCCAUUUCUCUCCAUUUCAGGUAGGCGCC